AUGAGUUAAAUUGAAACAAAUUCUUGGUAAUCUUAAGCUAAUAAUAUGAUGCUUGGAAGCUAAUCAAAAUAACAACUUUAGGGAUUGAAGCUAAUUUUUAAGAUAAGUAUCUUAUCUCUUGUUAUCUUUGGCACUAUAUUAGCUGUUAAUCUAAGACUUACAAGAGAUCAGUCUGUAUUUUCUCAUGAAAAAAACUUAACUGGAAAUGCUAAUGGUCGUUUCUUAAAUUCAUUAGAAAGGAAGGAAUUAAGAAAAGAAACUCUCAAAGAAGCCUAAAAUAAUUAAGUUGAUGUCGCCUAUCAAACUUUCUACGAACUCAUAAAUGGGUUAAACUAAUAAAUACUUGAUUAUCUUAAUAUAUCUUAUAUUACCGAAUAUAGUAUUAACAAACUCUAAGAUUGGACAAAUAUAUUCUACAGAAUUUAUUAAGAUUUUCCUAUUUCAGCUAUAGAGUGGAUGUAUGAAGAUCAAAAUUAUGGCUUCAAAUAUAAUCCUUAAAUUUGGAUGGAUGGCUAUUUAGAACAACAAAAUAACUAAAUAAAUGAAAAAUCAAUAAGUAUUUUCCUUAUUAACUACUUUAAGCUUGAUUAUUAUAAAAUGGACAAAUUCUGGAGCUAUAUGUAUAAUGAUUUCUAUGGUAGUAUUUUAAUCAGCGAAGAAUAUUUAAUUAGAGGAACUUUUAAUUGUACCUAAUCUAAUGAAUAGGAGUAUGUCAAGUCUUGUCUAUUAGCUUAAUAAUGGGUAGAUUUGAACUUGGGUUAUUCAAUUGCUAAUUUGAACAAAACUAUGUUAAUAGAACCAGAAAUAGCUGCAUUUUAAAAGGGCUAUUUCAAAUAGCAUGUCAAUUCUUCAUCUUUAUAUUAAGAUAUUAAAUUUGCUUAAGAAUGGGCUGUUGAAGUUACAAAGAUCAACUAGAACACAAGCCACAGCUUGGUUGAUAAAGAUAAUUUAUCAUUUUUAUUCUUAAAUGGAUAAAACUAUGAUGAAACUUAAAAUGAAAUAUAUCUUGUAGAAAUUUCUGAGCGCUUUUUGAUUAACUAGUAUUAUUUUGGAGAAAAAUACUUAGACGCUACUUACCUCUUCUGGUAAUAUGCUAUUUAUAUGGUUGACAUUUUUUCUGAGUUAAGGAAUUAUAAGGAUGGUGGAUUUGAAGUCUAUAAAAAAUCUUAAUUUGACAGCUAAAAACUUUCUUCCUAAUUUUAAGUAACAAGCGAUAACUUAGCUGUAAAUAUCAUCGAAGCUCUCAUGCUAGAAAAUUAUAAAUCAAAGAAUAUUACUGACUGUAAAUCUUUUACUUAUUAACUUUAAUAAGCUGAACACUUAUGCAAAAUUUAAUCUUUUAAUAAUUUUGAUUUACAAACUAUGAGAACCAUCUACGAAUGUAAAAUGUAUAUGCUUUACUCUCCUUAGUGUGAAUAAUACAAUUUCAUUUAUAACUUUGACGUUGUAAAUUAAGUGAUUAAAGAAGUUGAUCUACAAAUGUAUAACUAGUAUCAAUGUAUAUCUAAGAUAGAGAAAUGUUCAUACUAUGAAAUAGCUGCUAAAUAAUGGUAUAACUUAGAAGUUAUUCGCAAGUUACCUGAUGCUGCUGUUCCUUAUUUACCAAAAGGAAGAGAUUCAGUAGCUUAAUGGAUUCCUAAUCUUUAGCCUUACGAGUGGGGAUAUUAUGUUGAAAAGUAUGGAUAAACCUUCAGUUAACCUCCUGCUAAUCUUACUUAUAAUUAGACUAGCUAACUUUUAGGCUACAACAUCCUUUUUUCAAACAAUAGAUUAACCUAAAUUUUUGUGAUUGACUCAUCUUUCUCCUAAAAUUACUUUUUCAAAGAUCCAAGCUAACUUCGUUCCUACUUUAAUUGGCUCCCUUCCGAUAAAAUACAUGAAGUCAUCUAUUAGUAACAAUGA